CUAUAGUGUAACUAUUUGCAGUAGAGGAACUGUGGAACACCGAGAGCUCACGAAUUUGAAGUUCAAUAUCGAGAUCAACUAAUAUUCCCACUCCGUCAAGAUGUCUUGGUAAUAUUAUGGCUGUAAUAUAAAAUACUCGUGCGCUCUAUUAAGCGGUGCAUGUGAUGUUUCGCCGGCUACGAGGAAUUAUCAACAUCGCUAACGAGUAUCUAGUGAUGCGCACGAGUAGUUUAUUUUAAAAAGAAAAGGCCGCUACUUGAAGAGCAGGAAGUUUUCUUUUUCGAAUAACUAUGAGUCCAAAAGUAGAUAGCGUUAUUGAUAUCGACAACACUAUUAUUGAUGUGUAUAGAUGGUCUAUACCAAGACCAUCGUUGUCGUCAUGGAGACAAGAAAAUUCCAGUGACAAAUCGCAGCCAGACUCAUCUACAUCGCCUAAUCAACUAAGCAUAAAGAGUAAAUCAUCUACAACUUCAAUGCUACUAUUAUGUGCUGAAAACUUAGAUGCACAUAACAAAUAUAUUGAUCGAAACAACGAUUUAGAUACUUUAUCAGUAGCAUCAUCAAAUCAUUUUACAAUUGUUAAUGGCAUAGGGCAUAAUCGACAUAAGUCUAGAAAGCCUACCACAUGUUGUUGUGAACGACAUCAGCUUACUGUAUUGGUAAUUUCUAUGACAAUUGUUUUCUUCCUAACAAUUGUAUAUUGCAUCUACUAUGUUCACAAGAUAUCAGAAAGGUUAGAAAAUAGUUUAAAUUACGUCAAAAAAAUAUAUUAAAAGCCAAAUCCAAACAGAGGUUUAUGGUUUUUCCCAGGCGAAGUUGGAUGUUACAGCUAGUUAGUUAUAUUAUAAAUAGGGUAUAUUUUAUACAUUUUAUAUUACUGUAAGAUAAACAAUGUUUUAAUAAUAU